UUUGGGAAUAACACAAUAAAAAAUUCUCCGGAUUCCUCAGCCAAUGUUCCGACGUGCUCUCCUCUCCCUCUCUUCUCCACUCUCCAACUGUACAUGUUCCACAACUUGAUCUGUCUUUUUCCUCUUCUUUGGUCAAAAUUCCAUCACCUAACCGUUUUGGUGUGUGCUGUAGUGAAGGGUCAUCACACAGUGUGUUUUCUUUGACAUUUGGUUUCAAAUGGGAACUGGGUUUUCAAACUUUCUCUUUCCAUAGUUAUCCCUCUUCAGCACUAUAAUAGCACCGGGAAACUUGUUCAAAAGGACUACCAGGUGGCCCUUCUUCCUUUACUUUCAUUCAUGGGGAAGAUCACAACUUCUGCAGCUCAGCCUGUGUCUCAAGAAGCUUCCAAUUAUGAUGAGGUUUUUAUGCAACAGAGCUUGCUCUUUGAUGAUAGUCUGAAGGAUUUGAAAAACCUGAGAACACAAUUGUAUUCAGCAGCUGAAUAUUUUGAACUCUCAUACACCAACGAUGACCAAAAACAAAUAGUGGUAGAAACAUUGAAGGAUUAUGCCAUCAAAGCUCUUGUAAAUACGGUGGACCAUUUAGGUUCUGUGACCUACAAAGUUAAUGAUUUGUUGGAUGAGAAGGUUGUUGAAGUUUCUGUAGCGGAGUUACAAGUGUCUUGUAUUGAACAGAGAAUAAAGACGUGCCAAGAGUAUGUGGAUCAUGAAGGGCGUACCCAACAGUCAUUGGUGAUCAGUACUCCAAAAUAUCAUAAGCGAUAUAUCUUGCCAGUUGGGGAGACCAUGCAUGGUGCCAAUCGCACUAAGUCAAAAUAUCAGGGGUACAACCUAGAUGAUGAAGAUGACUGGCCUCACUUUAGGAAUGCUGUUCGAGCUACAAUUAGAGAAACGCCACCAUCUACAGCAAGAAGAGGGCGUUCCCCAUCACCUUCUUUACAACCUCAGAGAUCUGGACCUUUUUCAUUCACUUCAACCAUGCCUAUAAAAGAUUUAGAGAGGCGAUCUGUUUCACCAUACCGGUUCCCCCUUUUACGAACCGGAUCUCGGUCAAGUAGGCCUACAACACCUAAGACAAGUAGACCAACCACUCCAAAUCCAAGUAGACCCACUACACCAAAUCCUUCUAAUGCAAGACAAAGGUACCCUUCAGAGCCCCGCAAAUCGUCUUCGAUGCGAUUAUAUGCUGAAAGAGACAAUGGCAAAGACGUGGAACAAUACCCCAGCAAAAGUAAACGUCUCCUAAAGGCCUUGCUAAGCAGGCGCAAGUCAAAGAAGGAUGACACGCUAUAUACAUACUUGGACGAGUACUGAUACCAUAGACCUAUAUAGAAAGCAAGGGAAAGAUGCAAUAGAAUCUUGGAAACAAGUCAAUUUUGCUUGCUACCUUCAUAGGUUGCACUUCUUUGUCAUUUAAAAAUAACAUUUAUACGGUAACUUCCUUUAUCCAUUUUUCAAUUAGUGUAACUAAGCACCCAGAAUUAUGAUGUGGGAUAGGUGUAAUAGUUCAAGCUUUAUUUUUAACUAUGAAUGUUGUUACAUAUUAUAUAAUCAAGUAAAUUUGGCUUCAUCUC